AUGGAUAUCACGAAAACAGAACCCGUGGUAGACUCUGUUGAUGAGAAAGCCGUCCAAGUCGGCAUUAUCACAGACCUCGACGAGGGUGAAAUCUUCCUGCGCCAAAAUGGAUUCACCAAUGAAGACGUCCAAGGUUUAUUAGACGAUGAAGCACGCAACAAGGCCGUGGUCCGCAAAGUAGAUCUUAUUCUGCUGCCUUUGCUUGCAGGAACAUACAUGCUUCAAUACAUCGACAAAUCUGCACUGGCCUACUCCGCAGUGUUUGACCUUCUCAAGUCGACACAUAUGUCAAGCAACCAAUACAGCUGGCUAGCCAGUAUCUUCUAUUUCGCGUACCUCGUUGCUGAAUACCCGUGGAAUAUCUUAGCACAGAAGACAAAUCUCGCUAAGGUCGUCUCUAUGAACGUUGUCGCGUGGGGCACUAUGCUUAUGAUCACUGCAUCUUGCUCUUCCUUUACUGGCAUGGCUAUAUGCCGCUUUCUCCUUGGUGUCUUCGAAGCCCCAAUCACGCCGUGCUUUAUGAUGAUUAUCGGCAUGUGGUACACACGGUCCCAACAACCAUUCCGUGCUGGCGUCUUCUACAGCUGUAACGGAGUUGGCGCUAUGGUCGGUGGAGUCCUCACAUUUGGUAUUGGCCAAAUUGAAACGAUUGCCGUAUGGAGAGCUAUCUACCUUAUUCUUGGAGCUAUUACUGUUUGCUGGGGUAUUGUCAUGAUCUUUUUUCUUCCCGACGACGUCGUCUCUGCAAAGCACUUCAGCUUGGAAGACAAGGCUCUGCUUAUUGGCCGCGGACGCCUUGGUCACACUGGUAUCAUCAACCACCAGAUCAAGUGGAAUCAGAUCCGCGAGGCCCUGGUCGAUCCGCAGGUCUGGAUAUUGUUCUUCUUCACUCUAUUUAACGAGGUCGUCAAUGGUGGAAUCGCCAACUUCAGCAAGCUUAUCAUUAAGGGCCUGACUCACGACUCACUCACUACUGUUGCACUGGGUAUUCCAUUCGGUGCAUUCCAAGUGGUCUGGGUUUUGUCAGGAACAUACUUUGCAUCCCGUUUUGCCAAUUGCCGUACCAUCGUCAUGUUCGCGUAUCUCAUCCCAACUAUCAUCGGUAUCGCUCUCAUGUGGAAGCUAGAGCAUGCCACCUACAAGGUCGGCGUGUUGUUCAGUUUCUACAUCGUCGGUGCCUACGUCUGCUCCCUGGUCCUUGCCCUGCAGAUGCCUGCCACAAACCUUGGUGGGUAUACCAAGCGCUCCACCGGUGUCGCACUCGUAUUCCUGGCAUACUGUGCUGGUAACAUCAUUGGGCCCCACGCAUUCCUGGCGAAGGAAGCGCCAGUCUAUCAAACCGGAUGCAAGCUUCUCCUUGCAUGCUCAUCUGCACAGGCUGUUCUGACUGUCUGUUUGCGCUUGUUGUUGACGCGGAGAAACAAGCAAAGAGAUGCCGCUGCAGCUGCUGCGAUUCAGUCCGGUGCUCCCUUGGAAGUAGAUGAGUCGGUUGAUCUAACGGAUUUCGAGGUGAGCCAGCGGCCUUCGAUUUGGACCUGGACAGCUUGCUAA